AUGGUGUACGGAAAAUUGUAUGAAGAAACAGGGAAAGAGUUUAUGAAAAGUCAUUCCUUCGUCGGAGAAAUGGCAGGCAUCAAUGUGUGGAAUCGCUCGCUGAGUGAGCAAGAGAUCUCUGAAAUGUCCAAGUCAUGCAGUGUAGGAAAGGGCAACGUUAUAAGCAUGGAUAAGUUAAAGGUGAUGGGAGGAGUGAAGGAAAUCUCUGUCUCUUGUUAAUCUGUAUACACUAGCCACCAUUUUGCCAAUGAUUACUUUGGAGAUGAUUUCGAUAAUUAGAAUUUAAGGCAAUUCAAAAGUUGUUUGGCUUGAUAUUCUAUAGGAGUGCUCUUCAAAGAAGUCUGAAAUUGAUUCAUUUGGGUUGCUUGAUUUUCAAUUAACAAACCGGUCCCUUCGAAUACCGAAGACAAUUAGAAUGGCUCCUUUUGAAAGGAGAACUUGGGCGCUUUCCAUUUACGAAAAAAAACCGGAAUUUCGGUGGUAGCAAAAGUGGAAUUUCCGAUUGGUAAAAAGUUGUUCCAUUUGGUCGUAAACCCCGGUACGUGGCCGGGUGCCCGACCGUGGACCUGGAAAUGGUACAAACUACGAGAAACGUAAAUGGAACACGACAUUCCGUUCGGAAAUUCCAACCGGGAAAACGGGACCACCUUUUUAGAUUUUCCACUUUUUCUGGGAAUUUUCCAGUGGGACGAACCGACGAAACGUGUUCCAUUUACCGCCGAACCGGAAAUUCCGGAAAUUUUGACUAAAUGGAAGCGCCCCUUACCUCUCGUCCUCUCUUCUUUUUGCCGUUAUUAUUAUUUUUUACUUUCUCUUGUUAACUGUCAGCAUUUUUUCUGUGACGAUGAAUAUACGAAACUAUUCUAUUCUCAUUUCUUGCUGUUUUUUAUCUUUUUGUGUAGAAAACUCUCCUUUAGUGUCAACAAAUGUUAAAUUAAUUUAGUAAGAAACAAGGGCGUUGCGCAUGCAAGCACCUAAAAAGGGCGGGAAAAAUGGUGUGAAUCUCAUGCACCGUUAUGGACAAACUCUCUUUCUCACUCGUGAAGAAACAGCAUUCGGGAUUCUGAUAUUCUGAACUCUCUAUACCACAUGUGAAAACCAUGGUUCGCUCCUAUGCUUGGCUAGAACUCAUUUGCGUAUGAAAGUUUAGGACAUAGUUUUCAGUGAGUUAAUCUCGGUAUACAUAUAAUAAUUACGACCAUUAGAUCAUUGUCCCAAGGACGUUUGUCAAUUGUAGGCUUAAUAACUUUAAAAACAAUUUCUGACCAGCACUUGACUGGAAAAGUUGACUGGAGAUACAACGUUUUGUUUGGUUUUCACAUUGAAUCAUACGUGAAUAACUAAUCAUUAUAGUUAAACUAAACUGACAUCGCCUUAGUAUAACCAACACAUUUUAGGUUUAGAUCUCUUCAAAGGACUCAGUUUGUUUUUUAUUGAGUCAGAUCGGUUUUGUUUUCGUAAAAAUAUACGCUCCUUGUUCUGCUGGUUUUUGUGUUCACUAUGGCAAAGGUUUUGGUGGUAGUUUAUGCAGAUAUAUUCAAUAUAUGGGGAUAUGGGGGAAAUAUUUUAAAUUCAGGGUUUAAUUAGACUUGAGUGUAAACUGUGGGUCAUUGGUUUAUGUUAUCAAUGAUUAGAAGCGAGCAAAAUAAAUAGUUAUUAAAGCAAGAUUUGUGUCUCUGUGGUCACUGUGGGACCAAGCCAAAUACAAGAUGGCUAGCACCCUUGCCAGUAACGAACGCUACCUGAACACAAAAUUCUGGAUAGCGCUGUUUGGGGAAUGGAUAAACUACUCCGAGGCACCAUUGGCAGUUACGCUUUGGGCGUCAUGGGCGAAGAGCAACAUUUUGGUAUUGGCCUCACCUUUACCUUUUUUCAGUUGUUUUGCGUCUUUUAAACUUAGGUACACUGUACACGAUAUGUGCAAGCUGGGUUACACUUUGAAUGACCUAUUAUCUGUAGAGAUGCUAUGAAUGAAAUGAUAGCGUCCCUCGCUCAUAUCACUAGGUUGUUAAACACUUCUGCAGCAAGCCAAAAUUAGGUUAACUUGAACAAUACUAAAGAAUAGCGAUCAUACUGGAAUAGAAUGAUAUGACAGUUACAUCACAGAUAUCAAGCUGCUUUUCCUUGUGAAUCAAUCGGUUUUACUGAAUUUUAAGCUAUUCCUUGGAGAUAUUAUGAAUGUAAUGAUAGCUUGUUUCACUCAUAUGAAAAGUGGGCUUUUAACCACCUUUCUCUUUUUAUCGGGCUCAUUCUUUAUCAAUUGAGAAGCAGGGGCGGAUGGAGGAUUUUGUGAUAGAGGGGGCCUAGAGAUAUAGUAUACAGUGGCAAUAUGAGCGCAAUAUAGCGCGGAUCAGGACUGUGACAGGCGCAAUUUUCUAGGGGGUUUCGGGCGGAUGCUCCUUCGGGAAAAUUUUUGAGAUUAAAGUUCUCUGAGAUGCAAUCCAGUGCAUUCUGGACGCUUACACUUAGCAAAUGCCUGGAUUCCAUAUAGAGCAUGUAGUUCUGAAAUAUUUACUAAACCAUAGCCUGCGAAAACAUCCGCUUCUCCUCGCUUUUCGCCGCUGGGGACGUUUCGCGCGGAGGAACCUCUGCGACUCAGCGACAGAAAUUCCAUACUGUUGACGUAAAAUCUGUCCGGAAUCCGGUCAGAAGCGCUGAUUGAUCGACGGAGUAGUUACAUUGUUUUAGCUAUUGUUUACGAAUGACAGAUAAAGGACAAAAGGCCACAAAGGUCAAAUGUAAACGCGAAGAAUCUCUAACAAAACAGUCAAUAUUUGUGGAACAUAGUCUUCUCUAGAAGAAGCAUUUGAGUUUUGCUCGAUCUCGUUGGCAGAUAAACACAACACUUCACCAAAAUCGACCAGAAGACACGUAAUACUGGACAAAGAUAUAUUUGGAACCCCAUGACUACCGGGUUUAUCAUGUAAACAUUGAUUUGCUUCAUCAGUAUGGAAUUUCUGUCGCUGAGUUGCAAACGUUCCCCCGCGCGAAACGUCCCCAGCGGCGAAGAGCGAGGAGUAGCGGAUGUUUUUGCAGGCUAAAUAAACCACAGUUGUGGUUGGGGUCAAAGAAAGUAAUUAACUCUUUUUGAUGCCAGCCGGGGCCGAAGCGAUUGCGGCGAGAGCACAGUCAACCUCCUGGCAAAGACAACGUUCGAUAAAUUUUCUUAUUAAUAAUGUUUAUUAAAGAAAAUGUAUUUAAGUAACAAAGCUCGAAGUACCAUCCGACACACGUUUACAAAAGAAAAAAAAAUUCCCACACCAAACGGGGGCCCGGGGCCUCCUGGGCCCACCCCUAAGUCCGCCCUUGAUUCAGGACUUCAAUGGGAUUUGAACCCGUGACCUCGCGAUACCGGCGUGGCGCUCUCACCAAUAUAAGGGGCUAGUCAUAAUUUAAGUUGGAGGGGUGGUGGGGGGGGGAGGUUGUGGAGGGGAAAUUGUUUUUUAUCCCAAAUUAUUUCCAGACCCCUACUAAUAGCACCCAUGUUUUUUAGGUAACCCCCUUCAAUCAUGUUAAAAGAUUUAAGGGCCCCCCUUCCUUACAUAAUACCCAAAUGGUAGUAACAAAUAACAUUUUCUUUACUUUACCGUUCUUACUCACUGUCACUUCCGAAUGUGCUAACUAACAACAGAGAAGCACUUCACACUAAACUGAGAAAGAGAUUUCACCUAGAGCCUCUCAAACAGCUUAUAGAGCAAGGAUAUAUCAGUGAUUGUGUUAUAAUUGAGAUAAGACAAGCCAUUGAAAGGUUAGAGGCCGAAAGGACCGCUUCAAGGAAGAAAGAAGAUAAUCAGCCAAAGCUUACUGCUUUUUAUAUGAGCAGUACAACCUCUAAUAGCAAAAACCUUGACAGUGACACAGACAGUGAGUCCACAUCAACCUCAUCUACAAAUAAUGAUUCGGAUAGUGAGAUUGCAUAACAUGACUUUAUGCAUGUAAUCAUUUGUUAAAAUGCCGAUGAAAUUGUUUCACUGUUACACAGUAAUGGAUGUUGUGUUGAUGCACCUACUAUUUGAGCAUUAAAUCGUUUUUUCAAAAUGCUGAUUAAAUUGUUUUAGUAUUACAAAAUAUAGGACUUUGUGUAAAACUGAAUCUAAAUUAGGUCCUUUAAUACUCAAGCAUCAUGCUGCUCAGUAGGGAUGCUACUAUUCCAUACAAAAAAAAUUGAAGGCCCCCCAAUUUCUCCUCCACCCCCCCUCCCUCCAACCUAAAGUAUGAUUUGUCCUUAAUUAAGCUAUAAAGCCACUGAUGUUGGGAGCUGGUCAAUUAUGUGCUUAUAUGCUCCCGUGAAAGAGAUGAAUGUGACAAUAAAUCGAUCGUAAUAUAUAACAACUGCGGAAAAAAAAUCAAAUGAAGAAUAAUCCUCGCAGUUGUGAACGCAAUAGGCCUUUUGCAUUACUUGAUCACGUGAUCAACUUUCGGUGAACACGAAAACAGUUCGGUUUUGAAAAAUUUUAUUAGCAUGAGCUGAAACAGCAUAUUAAAAUUAAGUAAUCUGUAGAUUUUCAGUCGUAUACACGUCUCAAAAGCAGCGAUUGCAACGGCCGCCGAAAAUUAGAAGGAUUUGUAUGAGAAAAACAAACUUUUGCCAUCCAGUCACACUUGAAUGGUUUUCCAUACAAAUACUUGUAAAUCUGGAAAUUUGACAUUAGUAUUUUUCCUACCCCUGGCUAAGACUGGACAUCUCUUUUAUCCAAAAGAUUGAUUUAAUUUUCAUAUUUUUCGAUGGUAAUGCCGUUUCUUAAAGGUAAAAAAUAAUAAUGAUAAUAAUAGAAUAUAGGAAGAAGAAGAAGAAGAAGAAGAAGAAGAAGAAGAAGAAGAAGAAAUGUCUUUUGCUUGUAGUCCCUUUAGAGGUUUAGGUCUCAAAAAGAGAGAUAUGUGCUGUAUGUACAUAUCAUCUGUGAAGAUGUUAUGUUUGUAAUGAGAGCGUGCUUCGCUCAUGUAUUAAGUAGGUUUGUAACCACCUUUCUCUUCAGUUUUAUCACAUUCAUUGUCAAUAAAGUUUUUUACAACGCUCUUAGCAUAGAAUGUACAUGAACGUUUAUAGUGGAAGAGUUCCAAAGUUUUUGCCUCACGCUUUGACUGAUCCCGGUCAUAAAUAUAAAACAUUGCAAUUUUUAAGGGAGAGUAAAACACCCCAUCAAAAGGUAUCUCAUUCAUCCAAAAAGUUUAUUAUUUUAAACCUGUUUGAUGAUGAGGCUUAAAAAGCAUUGGACAUGUCUUUUGCUAGUCCCUUCAAAAAAGUGUUUUGCUUUCAAUUUCACCCUCAAGAUUUGUAUUCUGCUGUGACACAAAUUCUCCUCUCAAAAACUGCAUCUUAACAACUGUUUAGUGCAAGAUUAAAACAUUCACUAAGUACGUAUUGUCAAAUACUGAAAAAGUAGGACUCAAAACUAAAGCAGAGGCAAAAAUGAUAUUAGCUAGCCGUGGUUCGCAGGUCUAAAAACACAGUAGUCCACCUUGUUAGGGGAGCUCCACAGGUGCGCGAAGCGUGCCCGAGCGUAGCCCUAUACCUAAGAAAAUGUGUUAAUCUACCCAUCAGAGAAAUUUUGGCAAUCACGUGACCGUAGCCCGUCCACCCGCCCGUCCGUCUGCACCACAGGCAUACCAAUGUAAAAUAACUCAAUCAACAGGUAUGGCAACCAAAAUCCAACUCGAGGAUAUUUUGGUGGGAAAUCGCAUAGCCACCCUCGUCUUGUGAGGCAGAGACAACUUAAGAGUCAAUAAAGACGAAAACGGAAAGCGGAAGUUGUUUCUCUAUCCGUGUUGUCUAAAGUAUUAACGUUAGAUCAAUUGUCAUGUCCACAAAUUUGGAAUAAAUAGAUAGAGAAAGACAAAGAAAAGGAGAAAAUAGGUGACAGGCCAGCAAAGCUCAUCGGGAAAAAGAGCGACGGAGAGCUAAACCGAGAGAUAAAGAGCCAUUCUUUGUUGAAAGAACAACAUGAAAUUGAAGCGGGGGUGAGAGAACGAGAAAAACUAACGGCGACCAAAGAAAAAAUGAGCGGUGGUGAAAAAAAAAAGUGAACAAGAACAUGUACGACAUUUCCUCCAUAAAACGUGUAACCAGGAAGUUUCUGAACGUUGCACGUUGUAGUCGUGCGAAACAACGGCAAAAAAAUGUGCAAAAAAAGUGUGCUGCAGCUGCAAAGUUGUUUUUUUUUUUGCUAAUUAGACCUACUGUUGUUUUUUCACCGUUCUCGUUGCCUUUCGCCGCUUAGCAUUCACGAUUUUAUAUCUAGUUUGAGUAAACGAUAAAUAUUAGCGAGAGCUUCGCUUUUAGCCAUGGCUAAAUCUAUAUAUUACUCAUUCUAACAGUUAGACGUUUCUGAUUGGCUCCAAUCCCAUAAUCCACCUUUAGCCUCCGUGGAUAACAUUCUUCUCGAUCUACAUAAUUAUUCACAUCAUACGGAAGCCUAAUUCAAUAUUUAUAGCUAAUUAUCAAACCCCCAUAAAAAAUUAUAUGCAUUUAUGGAUACAUAAGAACUGUCACUCUCACUAUGCUGAAGUUAUACAAUGAAAAUUUCAAUCAGAAGUAGUACAUUUCCCCAUAUGAUCAUAAAGCACAGCGAUAUGAAAAGAAAUUACAUGAUCAUUUCCGACAGAUAUAAAAGUGGACUGCCUUGUAAAUUUAACUCAAAUUGUAUAGGUUAAAAUUAAAGGAAAUGUUAAAGAAUAUAAUGAUAGCGUGCUUCACUGAAAAACGCGGAACGUUAUAGUCUAUAUAGACCAUAUGAUAACAUUAUUAUAGUAUUGAUUAUUAAAUAAGGUUAUCUGACCAUCUUAUUCCCCAUGUACUAAACAGUUAUUGCCUGCAACAAACAGCGAAGUCGUAUACAGCCUGGAGAGAACGGGUUUUUAUUAUAAUUUUUACCAUUAAAAUGAAAUCUGGUGAAAGUUUCCUGUUGCCAAGAGAGGAUUGUAAUUCAUUAAGAAUACGAGAUAAGGAGAGUAGCUACAAUUCCUGCAUCGCAACGUACUUGAUAUCUUGUGAUAUAUCACUGAAGUACCGUCAUAUCCCUUUCAAGAGUAAGAUUUAUCCCUAUAGGCAAGGCUAAAACAAGGUAUGGGUAACUAAUAGAUAUAUAUAGAAUGAUAAUAGAAUAAUAUAAGAAACUGACUUUUACUCGCUGUAUAAACGCGCACUUACUUAGCACAUAUCGUUUAAAUCAAAAUUUUACAUUUUUUUUGAGGCAAAAAGGUAAUCGUGUUGGUAAUCAGAAUCACAGUUUCAAUGUUAAUGCUAACUGGAGGUAUGUGGUGCAAAGGAGAAAACUCUACUAGGGAGUGUAGCAAUGUUGGUUGGUGUUCAGUCUUCGUUUCCUUGAGAGUUAUUUGCGGAGUCUUUGGCCAGUCUUUUAGGAUAUGAAAACAAGAAAACAAACAAAAAAAUCACUGAAAGCUAGCGAGCAAACCAACGUCAUUUGCUGAUGAGGGCAAAAGGACUCACGUAUUUUAUUAAGCUAAAAGAUCAUCACCAUCUAUUCCUGCUCGUAAAUAUUGGCUGGAGAGUGUGUUUGAUUCUGUUGCUCAAAUCAGAAAGUUGUUGUUAUUUUUUUUUCACUGCAUCGGUGGACUUUUGACAAUUUCUCUUGUUUAAUAAUGACUCUUCGUGUUGUAAACAAUAGAAAAAUUCUAAUCAACAUACACAGCCUCUAUUUCAAAAUUGUUUUGAUAAAAAUAGAUUUCGAAACACACUGAUUUCCAAACAAAAACCAGCGAUAGUAUUGGACAACCCUCGGAGAAUGGUUAUGAAACCCCCAGUUGUCAUAUCUCACUUUGAUAUGGUUUUAUAAGCUUAACUAGUCUAUCUGAAAGAGCACAAUUUUAAUUAAAAGGCAUUCCAAUCGUUUCGACCUUUUCCAACAACAGUCAUUGAUUUAUUCGGUUAGGAUUUGUGAAGGACUAUGCACCGUCAGGGAACUUCUAA